AUGGCCCGUCGCUUCUCUCCUCGCAACACCUUUCAUCCGCGAGGGGGGAGGCCGUCAGAACAGUCUGCGGAUGAGGUCUCACCGGCCAGUCCAGACCAGAUCUCUGUUGCCGUACCGGAAGACGCUUCUCCGCCACUUCCAAAUGGCGUGGCACCGCCCAUCAGACCCCAACCCGCCUCGGGGGCACCUAUGGGGUCAGUCUUAGAGGUCGGUGUGUCGCCGUGGAUGGGGCGCGCCGACAAGCCACAAGACGCCAACGUGCCCAGACCGUACAGCACAGGUGCUGCAUUGGUCUCUGUUACAAAGACGUCCCCACUCUUUCAAACUCUGCAGACUGGACAAAGCAAGGAGUAUAGAGUAGCGGAAAGAAAGCGUCGAGCUGCGGACCAGGAGUUGAAGGAACAGGAAAUAGCUCGGUGGGAGGAGGAGAAUUUGCCCAGAUGUCGCCUCUUUUUCUACAUUGGAUGUUUUGGCCUUCCUUUGCUGCACUUUGUUAGUGUGUAUUAUUACCUGCGGCAACUCAGAGACCAGGACCCCAACUUCAAGAUCAAAAAGUAUGUAUAUUUAUCGCUGCUCGUCGGAAUUAUUCAAGUAUUCGUGUGGAUUCUGUGGAUCGUGGUCUUCCAGUUACUGCGAGACGACGAUUCGCUGAAAUCGAUCAAUAUUCUCAAUUUUAACGAAGACUACAUCGUCGGUCGUCUUGCCUGAGACAGAAAGGAUGAGCAACUGCAUGUUUUUCGAGCAAGUGGAACGAUUGCGUUUCAUGUUCCGGAGUGGGUUUUUUAUGAACAUCUAUUACGUAUGUACACGCCCGGUUUAGUCGCCCCACUCAAGAUGUAUAAACAAAUACAACAAACGAGCUUGACUA